CAUGAUUUUAUUAUUGUGCUGGUGACACGACCGCUGGACCAUCGACGGUUACCGCGCCCAGAUUCAAUCCGUUCUUUCUCCGUCGGUCUUUCCCCGCGUCACUGGCCAAUUGAGCAUGGCAAGUCGGAGCGCAACACUAGCCCUAUACGAAGUGGCAUAAUUGCCGAAUACGGUCUCAACUACGGAGGAUUUGUACGACAGGGGAUUUGUUCUAGACGCGAUCGGUCGCGGUUCGCAACAUGUCCGGACCCUCGUGGCCGCCAAAGUCUCCGCGAGAGGCCCUUCUGAGCUCCCCCAGCGGUCGCAAAAGGUACGAGGAAAUGCAGCGCCGUCGCGAGACUCUGGGGUCGCCCUUGCGCAAUUCAGCUACGACCCCCAAUCUCCGGGACAAGGCGAGGCAACAACUUUUGAGUGACGGCGUGGGAAGCGGAGACGACGAUGAGGAGGACGACGAGGAAACUCUCCAGCUCAAGCUGGCGGCCAUCGAAGCGAAACUGAAGCUCAAGCGACUGCAGAAGGAUCGCGACAGGCCAGGGACCCCCAGGUCGAGCGUGCCUGAGGAUGGCAACGCGCUGUCCAGACCAGAGUCUGCCUUUAGCUUUUCCCGGGCAUCACUCCGUUCACCACAGCGUUCUUCACGAACCGAUAUUUCCCGAGAAGCAGGCAGUCGGCGAUCGCCAGAUCCAGUCCAGGUGCCUUUGUCGCCGACGAGACGACCAGCCCCAUCGGCAGAUCCAGUGUCCCCGCGGAGGUAUCUGCUUGGAAUCGACAAAGGUCUGAGGGGCGGCGAGGUGUCUCUCAAGCGCCCGCCGGCCUCCAGACUGGGACCCCGGCCAGCAAGCACGACCGGCAACCGCGGCGAUUUCGUGUCCCACUCGGGCAAUAUUUUGGCGUCCAUGACCGCAGGUGCAGACGCAAAUCGUCCAAAGAGCUUCAGCGAACGGAUGGCCGAAGGGAGGAACGUGGAGAAGGCAGAGAGGGCCCGGAGAGAUCGUGCGGAGCGAGUCCAGGCGAGCAGGAGCUCUGCCUUUCAGUUUGAUAAAGCGGAAGUAGAAGGGUUCAAAGCAACGGCCCAGGCGAGGCCCGGCUCCCCUGUGCGGUCACCGACGAGACAUCGACAGGCGGAGAGUUUCAGUCGCGACGAUGUCCUGCGAUCAUACAACCAGAUGAAACCCCCGUCGUUGAAAAGAAGUCACACCUCCCCGAGCAUGCGGAAAGAAGACGAAGACACCAGGGAGCCGAGGACCUUUUUUCAUCGACGAAGCAACAAGUCUGAGUCGGAAGCGCUACCGAGUCUUCCAAGCAGCUCGUCUGGGGAGUACGCCAAUGGUAAUGCAGUCGUCCCAGAGAAAGCACCGGACUCGUCGAAAUUUGAACCAUUCUCUGGGAUACACCUUUCCAACCGCAUCCUACCCCAUUCUUUUCUCAACCGCACCCUCGCCGAUAAAAAAGUCCUGAAGAUCCCAGACCUUCUCCGUACUAUCAAAGGACCCGCCUUCGAGCUCCCCGAGGAGAUUGAUACAGACUACGUCGUGUUUGGCAUCGUCGCGUCGAAAUCCGAACCCAAGGCAAUCAAAGAUAGGCGAAAUAACUCAACCAAGGAGGCUGAUCCUUUCGACGAUGGGUUGAAUAACACCAGCAGAUAUAUGGUUAUUACGCUCACUGAUCUCAAAUGGUCCAUCGACUUGUUCCUUUUCGACACAGCUUUCCCGCGGUACUACCGGAUCUCCGAGGGCAUGCUCAUUGCCAUCCUAAACCCGACGAUAAUGCCACCUCCAAAACACAAACUGGAUACAAACAAAUUCAGCCUUAACAUCUCUUCAUCGGAUGACAAACUCCUCGAGGUGGGAAACGCGCAAGAUAUCGGGUUCUGCAAGGCCGUCAGAAAGGACGGUAAAACGUGCAGGUCGUGGGUGGACGGCCGCAAGACAGAGUUCUGCGACUUCCAUCUCGACCUCCAAGUCCGUCGUACCCAAUCCCAACGCAUGGGCGUCAACAGUGGCCCCGGCAUGUUCGGCCCAGGCGGACGCUCCGGUGCGCGGACCGGCUUUUUCGAUGACGGAGGCAAUGCCGGAGGAGGAAAGAGAGGAUGGUCAGGAGGCCGCGGGGGCUAUAAGAACGGGCUGAAGCCCGAAGGCCCCCAAUAUGAUCGCAUGUCCCAGUCAACAUACUACGUCGCACCAGCUCCCAAAUUUCGCAACGGCGCCGGGCCGUCAUACAUGCAAUCAGGCCAGUCCCCAGCCAGCCUUAUCGACGCUGACCACGACGACCCGUUCAUCGCCGCAGGCAUGAUGAGCCGGGGUCUCGAAAGCAAAGAGGAACGACGUCGCAAGAAACUCGCCGAGCAGAAGCGCGAACGCGAGAUCACCCAGCGACUCGUGCAGUCCCGCGCAGGCGGCGUAGGCGCAGAAUACCUCCGCGCCAAAAACGCCGAGAACAUCUCAUCAUCAACCCCACGCUCGUCCCAGGAGAAGACCGACCCGUCGACCCAGGGCCAGGCAAACAAAGAUCUACUGACAGGAUUCCGCAAAGCUGGCACGGUGAAACUGAGUCCGUUGAAGCGCGCUCACGACGGCGACCGCCCGCAUGGCAAUAGCGGCGUCAAGAAGACCCGAUUUAUCACUUCCAAGGGCAUCAAAGAGGCUGGGAGAGACAGUCUUGGUGGAGUGUCUGAUGCGACUGUCACGAAGAAUAAUUAUGAUGAUGAUGACGAUGACGACGGGUUGGACAUUAUCUGA